CUCAAAAAAUCAUAAGUCAUCAAAAAGAUGUUUAAAUUAGUGACAGUUGCUUUAUUUACAUUAGUUCAAGUUACUGUUUACUGCAGACCAAGAGCUAAAAGCCUUGAUGUCGUUGAACAAUCCAUUUCAUCCGUGAAAGUCAAUGCUGAAAAAUUGCUCCCUCCUGACCAUGUUGAUGCCCUAAAGUUUGAGAAAGAUGGCCACAUAAAUAAAGAUUAUCGCAAAGAAAUAUUCCUCGGCAACCACGAAGAAAUGGAUGACGACCCAAUAGAAAUAGCAGAGGCAAAACUAGUGGACAUUUUUCACAAGAUAGAUGUAGAUGCUGAUGGGUAUUUAAGUGACAGUGAACUGGAGCAGUGGAUCCUGGACAGAAUUAAUGCCCACAUGGAUGAAGCAGUGGAAGAGAAUGAUGCUGUCUUUAAACAUUUGGACCCUGAUGGAGAUGGCUUUGUAGAAUGGAAGGAAUAUUACAAACAUUUCUUACUCGCAAAGGGACAUGGGGUCAAAGAAACUGAAAAAUACCUAGAAGACUAUGAUACUGAUAUACUAAAAGAGGAUGAACGAGAUCAGCUUGUACGAUACAAAUUUAAAUGGACAGAUGCUGACAUUGAUCCCAUUGAUAAUAAACUGGACAAAAAGGAAUUUUUCAGCUUCCGUCACCCAGAACAAAGCCCUCAAUUGGUGGAAAAUAUGAUCAUGUCAAUAAUUAAUUCAUUAGAUGAGGAUAAAGAUGGUAAUCUGACCCUGAAGGAGUUUAUGACAAAUUCUGAUGAAAUGAUGCAGGAAGAGGGGUCAGAGAAAGAGAGGAAGGAAGAGAGAGAGGUCCGAAAGAGGGAAUUUGAAUCAGCCAUCGAUAAAAAUAAAGAUGGAAUAGCCACAAAACAGGAAUUAAUUGAUUAUAUGAAUCCCAGAAAUCCACAACAAUCCAAACAAGAAGCCAACAACCUAAUCUCCUUAAUGGAUGAUGACAAAGACGGAAAACUUUCCUUAAAAGAAAUCAAGAACCAUAAAGAUGUUUUUAUAAGUAGUAAAAUUGUUAAUGUGAAAAGGGUGCUACAUGAUGAAUUUUAGUCUAUAUUAGAUAUAUUUUUGUUGU